GAAAAGUUCACAGCUCACAAAGGAUAACGCGUUUAUGGAACAGGGAUGAGGGUCCGUGUGUGUGGAGCCACCUGGGUUCUCUUGAAUCCACUUGCUGGGAUACAGACCUCAUUGGAGCCAAGAGCAGGGCUGGUCCCACUCAGAGCUUUCUUUCCUCCCUCAGCUCAGCAUGCUUCCCCAGUGCCUGCCCUUCCCCAAGUGGGGAACGUAGGAGACCAAGCAGCGGCAACGGUGCUCCGGAUGGUCAGGCCCCAGGAGGCUGCAGAGUUCGAGUUCCUGUCUGUGGACUAUACUCAGCAGAAGUGGAAAGGUCCGGCACUCAGCCAGAGAGCAGCCCUGUACCGGAACAUCAUGCUGGAAAAUUGCCGCAGCCUGGCCUCACUGGCAGGUGAGAACAGGAUGGAGAGUUCAGAGUUGCCUCCAAAGCAGGAAGUUUCUAAAGUUUUGAAGUCAUCUGAUAGGACCUCAGUAGUACUCUGUGGAAUGAUUCCUGGAGGACCAGAAGCUGGAGAUGCCUGUGAAGAGACUUUAGAGAAGCUAGAAGUUCAGCCCUCAGGUGAAGAAGGGACCAGACUGGAAAGCAAUUUCUUGGAAAUAACACAGAAAGAUAAAAAUAAAUCCACAAAAGAUGGGUGUGAUGAAUAUAAGGAACUUGGGGGACAUCCAGACCUGUCCUCCAGUCCUACAGAACAUCAAGGAGUUCUGAAGGGACAGAAAUUCUAUCGAUGUGAUGAAUGUGGCAAAGCUUUUAAUUGGAGUUCUCACCUCAUUGGGCAUCAGAGAAUCCACACUGGGGAGAAACCCUAUGAGUGCAAUGAGUGUGGCAAGACCUUCAGGCAGACCUCUCAGCUCAUAGUCCAUCUCAGAAUCCACACAGGGGAAAAGCCCUAUGAAUGCAGUGAUUGUGGAAAGACCUAUCGCCACAGCUCCCAUCUCAUUCAACACCAGAGACUCCAUACUGGGGAGAAACCGUAUAAAUGUAUUGAAUGUGGAAAAGCUUUCAAUGAGAGUUCCAAACUCUUUGACCAUCAGAGAACCCAUACUGGGGAGAAACCAUAUGGAUGCAAUGAAUGUGGAGCGGUCUUUAGUCGGAGUAAAAGCCUUGUCCGCCAUCAGGUACUUCACAGUGGUGAGAAACCUUACAAGUGUAAUGAGUGUGGGAAAGCUUUCUGUUCUAACAGAAAUCUUAUUGACCAUCAGAGAAUCCACACUGGGGAGAAGCCUUAUGAGUGUAAUGAAUGUGGCAAGGCCUUCAGUCGAAGUAAAUGUCUUAUUCGACAUCAGAGCCUCCACACUGGGGAAAAACCAUUCAAAUGCAGUGAGUGUGGGAAAGCCUUCAAUCAGAUCUCUCAACUUGCUGACCAUGAGCGAAUUCAUACUGGAGAAAAACCCUUUGAAUGUAAUGAGUGUGGUAAGGCAUUCAGUCUGAGUAAAUGUCUCAUUCGACAUCAGAGACUUCACACGGGUGAGAAGCCCUAUAAAUGCAAUGAAUGUGGAAAAUCCUUCAAUCAAAACUCAUACCUCAUUAUUCAUCAGAGAAUUCACACUGGUGAGAAACCUUACGAAUGUAACGAAUGUGGGAAGGUCUUCAGUCAUAAUUCUAGCCUUAUGGUACAUCAGAGAACCCAUACUGGGGAGAAACCAUAUAAAUGCAAAGAUUGUGAGAAAGCCUUUCGUGACAGCUCACAACUCACUGUGCACCAAAGAGUUCACACUGGAGAGAAACCCUAUGAAUGUACUGAGUGUGGGAAAGCCUUCAGUCAGCGUUCUACUUUCAAUCACCACCAGCGAACUCACACUGGAGAAAAGCACUCAGGUCUGGCUCGGUCUGUUUCUUAAGCCAUGAUUCUCUAAGACAGCAAGGAACUCUGAGUUAAGAUUUCUAUAUAAGAAGUAUGCUCACCCUGGUCCCUUCUUGGAACCACUAUUCAAAGUGGAUCAUUCCCUAAAUGCUCUCUGGUGGUCAGGAAGGUGGGAGAGUGGGAGUAACAGUACGGUCCUUCCCCACUAAGGACUACACAUUUCAUGUGCUUGUAGGUUUCCUUUUUCUUUCACCUUUUUUUUUUUGGCCGUGCCAUGCA